AACUCGUUCGUAUGUAAGUCGCUGAGUUUGUUUGUUUGUAGAAUGACGUUCCAUUCAUUCAAGCAUAUUUGGCAUGAAUGUAAUGGGUUAAUGCCAUAAAUAUUGUCAUAAACAUUGACCUAUGCAUGGCACUUAAGGUUGUUAGCAUUGAGGAUUGUUCAUAUGUGACUGACUUUCGUUCAAGAUCUGACUAAAGUCCACCUCCUGGGACAGAUACCUUAAUUGACAGUUCAUCAGUUGACGCGACGACUAUCUGGAGUGCUCCAGUCGGAAUUGGGUGAAAAAUGUCCGAAGAUUUCCUUAAACAAUUACGUACUGGCAACACCGAAGACCUCAGAACCAACCCUGACCCUAGAGAGCUCCCUCGGGAAUUAGACAUUGAAAAAUUCAAUAAUGGGCGCAAAUUCUUUCAAGAUAAUGUUUUCAUGUGUGUUAUAGGAAUGGCUUGCUCACUUAUUGCAGGAUUCAGUGUUGCUAACCUACUGGAACCAUUAGUUUUCACAAACAAAUCAAACACACCCGAGAAAUCGCUAAAACGUUACUUGGAAACAAUACGACACGUGGCUCUUUGGCAUUAUGGUGAUAUAUGGGACCCUCUGUCCUCAAGUAGAAAAUCAAUUACGAAAGUUUACAAUCUACACACACAUGCUAGAGACAGCAUGAUGAAGGAGGACAGAAGUAUCAGAAGGUUUACUCAGUAUGACAUGAGUCUUGUACAAGCUGGUUUCAUUGGGUUUAUAAUUAUGUACCCGGACAAACUUGGUCUGCAGGGGUCUAAAUCUCAACUAAACGACUUUGUUUACUUUUGGAGGUGGAUUGGCAACUUCUUGGGUAUCCAGGAUGGGAACAAUAUUUGUAUUAAUGGAUUUGGUGAUGCGUAUGUUAUAUGCAAACAAGUUGAAAACGAAAUAGUUUACCCCGCGCUUUUUAAUCCACCAAAAGACUUCUACUCCAUAGCAAAGGCGUUUACAGAUGGACUUGCGCUGUUGACAAGUAUUAAUUUGAUCACACCGGAAUCUGCCAUAAGUUUUUCUCUGGAUAUGGCUUAUAAGAAGAGAAUACACAAUGUUAACUUCCUGGACAAAUGUCGUAUUUUCUGUUUAAAGGCAAUGGUUUUUCUUGUAAAACAUUUACCUUGGUUCCGAAGAAUGGUAAACAGACACACUGAAUCCUUAAUCGUACCAAAGAGUUUUAUUUUUUGAUUUUGAAAACACUUACAUAAAAGCGCUUUUUCGUAACAUACCAAUAGGAACUAAUAAAUAAUUAUAACUAAUGUUGUUAUACAAAUCAUUCUUGAAUUAAAUGGGUUAUACAUGUA